GAACAUCACAGCUCAGAGCCACUUGGACCUAAAGGUUCCCCUGAGGAAUGAGCUCCUGGGCACAGCCUCCCUCAGCCUCAGCAACCUGCUGAAGAACGGUGGGAAACUGGAGAACAGGCAGCUGACCCUGGACCUGCAGACAGAGAACAAAGGCAGCGUUGUCUCCGUCGGAGAGCUGACGAUUUUCCUGGAUGGGCCCACUGUUGAUCUGGGAAGCCUGCCUAAUGGCAGUGCCGUGACAGAGGGCGAGUGCUGCCCGGCUCCACAUGCAUGCGGCAGCUCUGCGCUCGAGGCAGUGAGCAGCAGCGGGGCUGAGAGCACCCUCGGCACCCCCGAGCCAGUGUCCCAGUGCCAGCAGCCACCUCCUCUGCCAGAGUCCCAGCUGCCUGGACGGGACAGCAGCAGCAUGGCUACAGCCACGGAAGGCAGACACCAGCCUCCCAGUGCAAACUGCUUUGGAAGCAGACCAAGGGCCGGGAGCCGGCACCGGCAGCAGACCAAGAGCACGCAGCACACCAGCAUGGCCAACGGCGUGGCCAGUGGCACAGUGAACGGAGACGCAAUGGGUGCUGCAGACAUUGAAGAGGAAAGGCCAGUAGCAGGAGCAACCCCAGCAGCUUCGAGCAUGACUGAUGGCUCGGUCACUCCUGCCCUUUCUGCCUUGGUCAGUUCUGGAGAGGCAGAGGAGGCAGCCUCCAGCUCCAGUGCCCCACCAGCCCGGGCAGCAGUGCUAGCGCUGGAUGCUCUGCCCCCUGGGUGGGAACAGAGAGAGCUGCCUAAUGGUAGAGUCUACUAUGUAGACCAUAACAACAAGACCACCACAUGGGAGAGACCUCUUCCUCCAGGGUGGGAGAAACGUGUGGAUCCUCGAGGCAGGUAUUACUAUGUGGACCACAACACCCGCACCACCACAUGGCAGCGCCCCACGGCUGAGUACGUCAGGAGCUAUGAGCAGUGGCAGUCCCAGCGAAACCAGCUCCAAGGAGCCAUGCAGCAGUUCAGCCAAAGAUUCCUGUACCAG